AUGGGAUCCAAACCGAUAUAUACCGAGGCACAGCUGGAAGCGUACCUGAAGCGAAUCAGAUACAACGGUGCCAACACACAAGAUGUUUCGCUUGUACAGGACGUACGACAGCGAAUUCAGACUGAUGCCUUGGGUACCCUGGCAGAUCUCCAGCGCCAUCACCUGGCAGCUAUUCCCUGGGGUAACUCGGGGCUGCACUAUUCGCAGCACCACACCAUCUCGUUGAACCCAGACAGCCUGUAUGAGAAGAUGGUUGAGAGAGGGUUGGAUGGAUAUUGUAUGGAGAACACGGGGCUAUUCUUGAUUGUUCUACGUUCUCUGUCGUUCUUGGUUUACGCUACGGGUGGUCGUGUCAGCCAUGCUGCGUCGAAGGGCAUUGACAACGGACAGUUCUUUUCCUUCGGACACAUGCUUCUUAUCGUCAUCAUUGAGGGGAUUAAAUACAUGGUUGACACCGGGUUCGGCAACAACGGAUCUACGGCACCAUUACGUCUCCAAGAGGGCGUGGCAGCUACAUGCAUCGACCCCAGCGAGAUGCGUUUAGUAAGGGAAACUAUUGACGAGUUUACCGAUAAGACCCAGAAAAUCUGGAUCUACCAGCUCAGAUACAACGCGGAGAGCAAGUGGCUACCCAUGAUCUGCUUCAACGAUGUGGAGUUUCUACCGCAGGACUUUGAGGUAAUGAACUUUGCCGUCAGUCAAACCCGGACUAGCUGGUUCACAAAGACCUUCGUGUGCCAGAAAAUGAUCAUGGAUGAAGAUGCUCGAAAGAUUAUCGGCCAGUGCAUCAUGGCUGGUCAAGAAGUCAAGCGACGAAUGCGUGGACAGACAGAGAUUCUGCAAGUGCUCCAUACUGAAGAGGAUCGGAUCGAGGCACUGGUCAAGUACUUUGACGUGCACCUUCGCAAGAACGAGAUCGAAGGAAUCCGAGGUUUAACCUCCGAGCUCAUAUAG